GGGACGGGACGGACGGGACGGGACGGACGGGACGGAGCCGCGAUGGAGAAGCCGCGGCGGGCGGUGGUGGUGACGGGGUUUGGGCCGUUUGGAGAACACGCUGUGAACGCCAGCUGGAUUGCAGUUCAGGAGCUGGAGAAGCUGGGGCUGCGGGAUGACGUGGAUCUGCACGUCUACGAGGUCCCUGUCGAGUACCAGACCGUGCAGAGACUCAUCCCUGCCUUGUGGAAGAAGCACAGUCCCCAACUGGUGGUUCACGUGGGCGUGUCGGGCAUGGCCACCACCGUCACCCUGGAGAAGUGUGGCCACAACGUGGGCUACAAAGGGCUGGACAACUGUCGCUUCUGCCCGGGCUCGCAGUGCUGCGUGGAGGGGGGCCCCGAGUGCAUCGACUCCAUCAUCGACAUGGACGCCGUGUGCAGGAGGGUCUCGGCGCUGGGGCUGGACGUCACCGUCACCAUCUCCAAGGAUGCUGGCAGUUUCAGCCUGAGCAACAAAGGAUUCAGAAUCUCUUCUCUAAAACACCUGCAGCUCUUCAUUCCUGAAGAUUCCUGAAGGAUGUGUGCUGGGAGAUUCCAGGGAAUGGAUCCUCACUUGGACUCAGCCUUCAGGUGCAGGGAAUUGCUCACCCAGUUCUCUCAUGGCUAAUUCCUGACUUGAAAGGUUUGCUUUCACUUGGUUUUGGGUUUGUUUUCCCCCUCUCCUGACCCAAAUUCAAGGUGAUGAUUCGGAAGGACAACUGGAUGGUGUGGGAUUGUCCUGGAAAGCAGAGCUUGGUGAGGAGCCUGAAAUCGCUUUGCUGGAAUGGAAAAUGAUUUUAGGCACUGAUUCCUCACUCCACAUCCUCCAAAUAUCCAUAGGGUCUCUGUAGCUGCAGUAGAAGGUGUUUGGGGUUUCUUUUGGAACCCAAAUCCAGCUGGAUUUUUUAUUUUUUAUUUUUUUUUUUGGAGCCUGACUCCUGAAUCUUUCCAGAUCUUUCCUGCCUCUUUCUUGGCCACCUCCCUCCCUCAAAUCAUGGACCUCCUGUACCAAACACCUCGGUUCAAGUGUGUCUAAAACCAAUCAGUGGUGGGUAAAAAGCUCUGCUGAGGCCCCACGGGAGAUCUUUGUGCUGUGCCCUUGGUGCUCGAUGCUGUUUUUAAGAUGAAGGUUGAGUUUUUAAAUUUAAAACUUCCUUAGCUGCAAAUUUUCCCUCUUCUUCCAGUUUAGGAGAAUCAUGUUUAACUGAGAUCCCAAUUCCACCUUUGAUUGAGUGGAGGCCUAAAAAUGCAGAUGGGAAAGACACCCUGCAAAAAUCAAAAUGUCAGAUUUUCAACCCAAUCCCACUGCCUGGGAACCAAAAGAGGCAACGAUUUGAAAUUUAAGGAAUUUUGCUUGGAGUGAGGAUUCCGGGCUCUUUCUUGGUGUCCCCCCCUCCCAAUGGGAGGGUGCAAAAGUGGUGCUGCUUGUGGGAACUUUCCCAGGAAUUAUUUUGGGGAAGGGUACAUGCAGGAUCUCGGCAGGUGGGUGGUGCUGGUCGUGUGUGGAGGUUUGCUGCCAAAUUUUUGAGAUUCCAGCGAAAACCCAGCUGAAGCGGGAGCAGGAACAGACAGAAAAGUGGGAGCUGAGGCCUCGUGGAGAGGCCAUUUGAGUGAAGAAAUCUGUGAUUUGAACAGAUGCUUUCACAAAUAGAUACAAAUAUAUAAAAAAACCAACAUUUUAAAGGUUUUAAACCCCCGUGAUUUGAAUUUUCCCUGGUGCUGACUGGCUCUGCUAUAGUAACUCUCAGUGAGAGCUGCCCUGAGCUUGCCAGGAGAAAUCUGGUGACAGGACAAAACCACUCCUUGAGAUGGGACAAAGACUUUGCAGCUGCAAGGGCUCUGCUGGGGGCACCUGAGCAGGAGGAUUUUUUUUGGAUAGACCCAAGGAAUUUCCUUCUCUGUUCACUAUCCAGUCCUUCCUGCUCAGAGGAAUUUGCCCUCAAGUGAGAUAUUGUGGUUCCCAUCGAAUCUGAGGUAGCACUUGUCAGAUUUCCUGAUUAGUAAUUUAUUCUAUUUAAUAUUUUGUUGAAAUCUUCGUGCUUUGACACAGUUUUUUUGUUUGGUUUUUGGAUUUGGUGUUUUUUUUUUUUUUUGUGAUUAGUUGAGCUCCUUAUCCCUGUAGGAUUAUUCCUUUGUUGGUGAGAAGUUUUUUCGUCCUGGGUGUUUCGUAGCUGCUGAACUUGGGGAAGAGGAAUAUCCCACGGGGGUUUGGUGAUGGAGUAAUUCCCAGGAAUUCACCUGUAACCUAGCUGUGGAUGAAAUGGAUGAAAUGGAGGUGGAAAAUCAACAGAUUGGUGAGGCCACACCAAAAUUCCAAGUGUGGAAUCCCAGCAGGGGCGGGAGGAGGGACCCGCAGAGGGGUGGGAGCAGGAGCAGGGUGGGCUCCAUGAGGAAUCAGCGUCUCCAGGUGAGAAAUUCCCUGUCCAUCCCUGUCUCUGCACCCUCUGGAGAUCCCCCUGGAUGUGGCUGGUGGCUCAGGAUCCAUCAGCAGGGAGCACAGACAGCAGCAGUUCCGUGGGCAGAGCCUCUUCCCACGCGGGUUUCUUCAGCCUGGGGAGUUAUAUCCUGUUCAGAACCUAAAAAUAUUCCUUUCCCUGGGUGCUCUCUGCUGUUCCAGGGGAAAAUCCGGAGCCAGCUCCGUGCCUGCUGGAGUUUGAGGACUGCAGUGCUUGGCCUUGGGUGUGUCAGCAUUAAAAAUCCCUUUUUUUUUUUUGGAGCAUACUUGCUUCGAGCUGUGCUUUUCCUCCCGAUCUGUUUUUGGGAAGCUCCACAUGAUCAGCUCCUUAGGAAACAUAAUUUAUUUUAUAUUCUUUCUUUUGCGGGGGGUUUUGGGAAAUUAGCCUGAGGUUGUGUUUAUAAAAGGUGUCUUGGUGGUAGAGAAUUUUCCUGUAGCCCAACUUGGGGAAAAAUGGCAUUGAACUAAUUUUAUUUAAUAUGACCUAAAUUAAAUACUCUGGGGUUGGGGGAGUUUUUUAAGCUUUUUGUUGUUGUUGUUGUUCAAUUCACAAAGCUUUUCCUUCAGAUCCCUAUUUUCUUUGGGAAUAGGACAUCAAACUGAUGCAGAGCUUCAAAAAGCUGAUGUUUUUGCUAAAUCCUAUUUGCUUUCCACAUCAUCAAUUAAUAGAAUUUGCUAAUUUGCACUGACUGGGAGAGACCUGUUGCCAACCCCAAAACCUUUGUGCUAGUGAGUAAAAGCAUAGGAAGUUCAGGUGGAAUGUUCAUUCCCGUGCCUGUAAUGUGGGAAAAAUGUAAAAAAAACCAGGAAAAAAUAUGGAAUUUUAGGGUGCUGUGACUGCAGAAUUGUCUCUGGGGAUAAAGGUGAGGGGGGGGAAACAGGGCUGAGGAUUUUUGGUGUGGAAGAGAGGAUUAGGGAGGUUCUGCUGGAUUGGGUCUGAUGUCAUUUAUCUGCCUGGAGCAGGGUCUGGCCCACGUGUUGGGGAGUGUUUGGGAUGACAGUUUCAUUGUUCCAGCCCUGAAGUGCUGCAGAGGGAUUUUGAGGAGCUCCAGAGACUCAGGAAUGUCUCAGUUUGGUGACGCUGCUGUCGGGAGGUGAAUGAAACUUGGGAAUCUGCUUUAAAACCCCAGGAAAAAGGAGCCUGGGAGGAUUCCUGUGGGAUUUGAUCCUCCCAACCCGAGGGGUUUGGAAUUUUUGGGGUGGGGGGCAGUUUUUGGGAGAGAACACGGGAGUCUGGCAGCUCCUGCAGAGCAGUUCACCUUAACCUUGGAGCAUUCCCCGACCUCCGAGCGGUGGGAGAGGUGGGAAGGGAUGGAAAGGUCAGGAAGAGGGUUUGAGGUUGUGGAGCGUGGUUGUGACGUGAGGCUGCGGCCAGGAACCGCUGAGUUAUCCCAGGAGGAACCUCAAACCUGCAGGGUUUGAGACACCACAAAAAUAAACCUACAAAGUUGCUCUGCUCUGGGAUGAAUUCGGGAUCCCGUGCUUCCUUGGAGCCGUGGGGAUGGCGAUGCCCACGGCAGCAAAACAUCCCUUGAGGCAGGGAUGUGUGAAUUGUCAGCUCCGUGGGAUUUGUGCUGUGGAAAAUCCCGUAGGAAAAGGUGUUUUGUGUCUGAACUCACCUGGGGCCAGGUGUAGAUGUAGCAUCCAACCCCCCCCUGUGUCCCAAACAGGCAAUAUUGAACUUUCCAGUGCCUCAGCAGCUGGCAAAGGGGAAUAUUCCUGGAAUAAAAACCUGGGAGAUUCCAGGCCUGCUCAGACAGCACAGGCUCCCAGGGCUGUUGGUUUUGGUAAGGAAAGGUCUUAAAAAAAAAGUUAAAAAUCCACUGAAGUUUCUUCUGAGGCUCGAAUAAUCUUGAGUUGAGUUGGAACUGGGGGAUCUUUAAGGUCCCUUCCAACCCAAACCCAUCCUGGGAUUCUCUGACUCCUUGCCCUGGUGGGCGGAUUUUUUUUAAGGAAUUUUUUAGGAAUUGCAGGAGGAGGAGGAGGAGCUUCUUCAAACCAAAAAUGGGAAAACCCUGGAAAGGAGGGAAUUUGGUGAAUCCCUACUCCCACAGGAGCUGCAGCAGCAAUGAAUGUCUGGCUGUGGGGGGGUUGUGGUUUAAUUCCUUGUGACUCCUGAAUCUUCUGGAUUUCUCCUGGAUUUCUCACCCCAGCCAAGGCUCAGACACGGAGCUGCUGCAGGAGGGAGUGGUGGUGUCUGAAAUCUGAUUGAAAAUCAAGAUCUUUAGGCAUAAAAAGUGUUUUCUGUGGGGCUUUUCAUCAUUCUGAUUUCCAGAUUUCACCCCACAGCGCAGAUGAAUUUCUCAGCAAUGAAUUUGUACAGAUCCUUUCCCAAGGUAACUUCCUCCCUCUUACCUCCUUUUAUUUUAAUACUUCAUCCAAUAAUAUUUUAAUGAUUUAAUUUUAUUUUAACCAUAGGAAUUUCAGAGUUGCAAAGGCUCUUUCUAAAUUUAUUGACUUGGAGAAAACCCCCCCUUGCUGAUACCAUAAAUACUCAUCUCGAUCUAGAUGGAUUUGUUAUUUUUGCACCAGAAUCCCUAAUUUUUUUUUUGCCGUAAAAAGUGCACUUUUUCAUAAAAAAACCCCUCAUAUUCCUGUCUGAUGAGUGUCUUAUGUGCUGAAAGGGAUAUUCUGCCAAAGCUCCAGAGCUGAGGGAGUUGUUAAUUCUUCGAGGUAUUCGUUGAAAGCUGGGACCUGCUUCUGCUCAUUUUCAGACAAAGUAGGGAAGGAAAUGCCUCCCCACCAACAGGAAUUAAAGAUGGGAAAUGAAACUAUCACUGCCCUUAGGGAAAACUCCGUGGUACUUCAAAAUCCACCUUCAGCUUUUCGAUUGCACCAGCCUCUUAAAUCACAAAUGUUUACUUCGAUGAUCAGGGAGUGCCUUGUCCUGUGCUGGGCUCACGUUUGGGAAGCAGAAUGGGGGUGCUGGGGAUGGAUUUGCCCGAUGUGUGGGUGCAAAAAUUGGGCUGGAAACCCCUGAAUCCAUGGGAAUCCCCAUUAUUAUCCGUGGGUGCUCCUCAGAGGCUGCACUGAGUUGCCCAGCUUUGCCCACACACACACACACGGACCCGCCGGAGGGAGCAAACAGAAUUUUGCUGUUCCAUCCUCACUUUUGGUUGGCUUGGCCCCAAUUCCUGAGGGUUUUUCCGUCUCCUCUUGGAGCGAGGUGUUUGUCCAGAGCCUUUUCCAGCCCUCCGUGCGUCCCUUGCGGAGCCACCGGUGUCUGUGUGGGCAUCUCAGGCGUCACCUCGUGCUCGUCAGGACUCUUGGAGCACCGAUCCCAACCCGUCAGGGCUUCUGUUGUCUCCGUGUGUUCUUGCAGUGCCUUGUAAAUCCCAACAAUCCCGAUGUGCUGUGGGGUCAGGGACCAGCGACGCGCUCCCAGCUUGUACUGCCAGACUGGACUUUGUAACUUGAGGAUUUAAACCCCUGUUUCAAAGGAAAUAAAAGAGUUUAACUCUGA